GGCAAGUGUCCGUUCGGCUGCGGCUCCGAGCGGUUGUGCCUGUCCGUUUGUAGAGCCCCCACCACACUUUUCUGUCGGAAAACCACAACACCGCGAGAAAGACAUGUUGCCGGGAAAGUCCGGUAGUCCUCAGCCUGAAGGCUUGAAGGAUAAAAAGCCGAUACCAGGGAUUCCCCGGGUGGCUCCCACCACGAAGGAUAAUGCCCCGGUCCAUAUCGACGUGGGAGGCACCAUCUACACUUCUUCGCUUGAGACUCUGAACGCCUACCCUGAGUCACGCCUGGGAAAGAUGUUCAACGGGACGAUCCCCAUUGUGCUGGACACCCUGAAGCAGCACUACUUCAUCGACCGCGACGGCGCGAUGUUCCGCCACAUCUUGAACUAUCUGCGCAAUAGGAAGUUGCUAUUACCAAGCGACUUUAACGAGGUCAAUUUGCUGCUGCAAGAAGCCACUUUCUUUGAACUGGAGAACAUGAUUAGCGAGCUGGGCGAUUACAAGCAAAUUGCUGAUGUGGAGGACUCGAGUGUCAAGUGGAUCAGUGCCUCUACCGAGAGGCUGAAGGCAGAGACUGUGCUGUUGUUUAAGAAGAGGGACAUCGAUCGGCAGGACGAGUGGUCUUGAAAUGAGGGCCGUCCGCGUCGUUCUUGCCGUGGACCCCCAGCCAAGAAACGCUAUUAAGCGUGUCAAUGAAAUCAAUGGCCCUCAUUUUAUUUAUUAAGUACGUCAAAAUAAUGUUAUUUGAAUAUGUUAAUUAAAAAUAUACUGGCUACAUGCUUCAAUGUUAAUUUGGUACAAGCUAAUUUUGAGAUGAAAAGGGAAAUCUUGUUAUGGAAGCAUCAUUUGGUGCUUUGGUGUGAUAAUGAAAUUACUAAAAUAAAACCGUUUAAAAUUUCUUAUCGAAUAUCAGAAGAUGGUUAAAAUUGGUCAAAAUUUGAAAAAAAAUUCAGUACUUGUUUUAUUUACUUAUUAUAAUAGGUAGUUAUUGCAAAUAAAAUUUGGUUUUCGCUGUCGAUGUUCCACUGGCCAUUGAUUUAUUUAUCCGUAGUGGAUAGAUGUUGUCGUAGAUUUUUGCCGUUUCAAUAUUAAUGUUUCUGUAAUUAGUUGUUUCAAAUAGUUAAUAGUUUAUUUGAUAGAGUAAACAAAAUUAUUGAGGGUAGAUGCCCUUAAAAAAAUCCUUAGCACUUGAUUUUUUUUUAGUAAAAACGCUGAAUUAUGAUUGAAUGUAUCUAUAAUCGACUUGAUUUUUAUACCUCCUUGGACGUCACUUAGUAAGGAAUAAAAAACCAUUUCAAACUUCUUCAAUUUAUUCUUUUUUUGUUUUUGGUUCGAUUAGACAAUAAUAUAUUUAUUUAGUGUCUAAUCGCACUUUCUUUUUGGCAACUACCCGUAAUGAUUGUUUUGUUAGUUUAGAAACCUGCAUAGUCAAAUAAAUCUUAUAUUGGUACCGUACAGGAUGUGCCAGGCUUAAACGCGUUGGUUCUUAACUAAAUCUCAAUAUUUUGUUAAUUUUUAUUAUUAAGAUUUAAAUACACCUAUAGGUAAUAAAACGUUUAGAAUGGUAUAGAGGCUUGUGGCUGAGUGGGUUGUAGUGAAAUGAAGUGAAUGUUUUUAUAUGGAAUGUGAACCUUAAGGGGUUACAUUGUAUUUAUAAUAAUUUGUAAUAUUACUUUUGUAAGAAUAAAUUUUGUAGCAAAAAGGGGUAGGUCAUUGUUAAUUGAAAAUGUAAAGUGAUAUUAAAUUAUCAUCAUAGUGUAAGCUACGUGUGGCGACUGUAAUGGACAUGGAGCAGUUCGAAUUACAAAGUAAAUCGGCAGAAUAUCAAAAGACAUUAUAUUCCUUUGUCUGUGAUUUAAUAAUUGUAAGUCUUUUAUAAACGGUAGGGAGAGUUUAAACCUGGAACGAGGAAAUUGGCCAUCCUGUAUGUUCAAUUUUAUAGAAAAUCCACCCUCUCGGAAUUUAUUUAAUGAUUGAGAGAAGAAUCUCCUUGCACUUGCACGAACAGGACCUUGGAAGCAAUGAAGAACGCGAAAAAGAAGAACUGAAGAAUGUAACGAAUGUAGUGUGUUAACAGGAGAAAGCAAUGUAAAUGUAAUGUUUGAAUCUUACCUUUUCUAAGAUUUUUAUCUAGCCUACGAUCGACUUUGAUAUUAUAAACAUUGAAGAAGAUUCUAAUAUUAGGCAUGCUAUAAGUCCUACUUUGUAAACACCUAAUAAGUAAACUAAGGCACCUACUUAGAAUAAAAAUUGUAAUUGUAUUCUGAAAUUCAUCAAAAGGGAUCAUGUUUUUAAAUUAUCUGUUAAUAACUACUUGUGUUGUUAUCCAGGUACUCAAUGUAAUAGAUUUUACGGAUAGACUUUACUUUUGAAAUUGUAAUUCAUAUUAGAAAUAGAUGAUGGGAUGAUAUAUACCUACUGAUGGUUUCUAAAGAACCGAAAACAGGCUGCUCGUCAGAGGUUUGUAGAAAACUAAAAAGGAAGGUAGGCCUUUGGGAACUUGAGACAACUGGACAGGUUAAUAAAAAACACAUUAAAAUACCCUUGUCAAGAAUACGAUAUUCAACCUAUUUGAUUCGCUGGAAAGCAGAGUCGAUGAUUUUAAUUUCGAAUGUCUCAAUUACCGGUCGUGUCGAAAGGAAAUAACACUAAAUUCAGGGUGGAUGUAUUUUGUGAAAAUUGACAUUUUACCUACUUAUAAGUAGAUAAUGUUAUGAACGUAAUAAAAGUGGCCUAAAUUGCAUUUAUGUCGUAAGAAAAAUUAUAAAAGUGAUAUAAAAGACAUUCCAUAGAAAUAGGUUACUUAUUUUUCUCAUGAAAAAUACUUGGAAAAUAGCAUCAUUCACAUUAUAAUUUUUCAUACAACGACUUUCAGAUACUUUCAUGAUUAUAAUAAAUGUUAGCUGUGUAUUGAUUCCACAGAUUAAUGGAAAUCAAAUGUAUGUCGUCAUUUAAAUGUUUUGGUGUUCAAUAAAACAGUAAUACUUA